AUGCCGCCCAAAGUAACGUAUGGUUGGGACGGUGGAGGCCAGACCCUUCUUGAUGCCAUGCGGAAUGAUCAUCGCUGCAGUCGACAAAGCUGUCUCGUCUGCAUGACUCGCGUUCAAGCAAUGGCAGAGAGCGGCGAGCAUAACACCUACGCUGCCUGCGCUCAUAUGGUGGCCGCUGUCGAUCUCCUGGGGCGCUUUCCUGAGCCGGAGAGCCUGCUGAAUGCUUCGGUUCUAUAUGGCAUACCUAUGAGAUUGGACGAGGCGCAGAGGAAUAAAAUACCUCUACACCAAUUAGACACGUCGCCCUCGUUUUCAAGGUCACAAGAAGUUGUAGAUGCGAUGCCUCUUCUGACCGAUGGCUUUUUUGGCACGGAAGUCUCCACUAGGCCGCACAUUAUCACGACCCUCUGGCGCUUUCUCGAGAUCGACCAGAUCUCACGCAAUCCGAAGGAUUCGCUCCCUUCGCUCACUGAGAGCGUGCUCGACAAACUCAUACAAUUCAUUCGACGCCUGCUCAGAAGUUCCCGCGACAGGGACGUUAUAUUCGCCGAUGAAGCGGCUUGGUGCGAGCUCGGUCGUGCGCUCGUAGAGAUGGGAUCUUUGCUCUAUCGUUCGGGGCGAUCAUUACCAUCUGAGUUCACUCAAUUUGCCUUGGACUGGUGGUACAAAGCGACUACAGGUCGUGCUCGCGACCUCGCUGUGCACGUUCUGUUGAACGCGACCUCGGACGCUGCUGCGCGGUCAUUGAACAAUAACGAAUAUAAACAACGCAUAGAGAAUGCACUUGUGAACGAGUAUGGUGCGGAGCACGUCGUGUCUCGGAUGCACGCCGAUCUCAAAUACACCUCCAAUCGGCUCGACGACCUCGCCACCUUUCUGGACGGUGUCUCUGUUUUGGUGACAAAUGUGAACGUACAACACUGCGCCAUAACAUUAGGGUUCUAUUCAGCAGCGUAUGCGGUGUAUGAGCGCCCCAUGUCUUCCACAACCGAAUCUAUCAAGACAAAGGCCAGCGUUUGGAGGGCUAUCGGGAGUUUACUCCGCGGUACAAUGAGUGUACAUUGUCCGGAGAAAUGGUCGAAAGGACAAUGGACAUCAGCCUCAAACAAUACUUCAUCGGCGUACGCAGUAGUCUCUUCUCUCUUGAAUGGUGGAUCGCGAUACCUUGCGUACGGUAUGACCCACUUUAGUACGCUGCCUGUUAGUCAGGCAGAUGAUCUGCUUCGCACGUUCGACCAAAUUGUAUACAUGCUCGACUUUCAUGCCGAAACUAUCCAGAACCUUCCCGUUGUGAAGGGGCGCAGGCAGCGCACUCUACCUGCUCACAAGGAUUUGAAGGACGUCUUGUCCCGCUUUUGUGAUGAGUUUGCGGAGGUGUGGUGGCCCACGCACCGCACGCUGUGCGAGGUAGCGGAAAAGGAACGCAUCUCGCCAGGGCAGGAGCGGGCACGGCGUAUAUGGUUCAAUCUCGGGACGAUAUUCAAUCUAUCACCUGAGAAAGAGCGCGUUCGUUUCGAGAGGCUACAAGCAGACGCGCGAAGAGCUGCAGCGACCUUCUGUUCAUUCAUUUCUUGCCAAUAUCACUCAGAGCGGCCACUCAAUAGGCUUCGCAUAUGCGCAGGCUGCGGGCAGGUCGGUUACUGUAGUCGGGAAUGCCAGAAGGCGCAUUGGAAGGAGCAUAAACAACGGUGCCAACGUCGCAUCAAAGAUCACUGA